AUAAAAUAAGCCCCGGUUUGUGGUUUGUGGUUUGUGGCUUGUGGCUUGUGGUUUAUGCACUUCGGCUUGCCUUGUCUUUCCAUUCUUUCCUUCUCUGUUAAUUUGCAGCAGCGAUACACGCUCGCUCGUCCCAGCAGGGAGGAAGUAGCGGCUGUGGUGUGGUGGUAUUGACGUUUUUGCAGAUCAUUUGUGCUUGUAUCAAUUGGUAUAAUUUUGAAAAUGAGCUCAGGCAGCAGGAGCAGGAGCAGAAGCAGGAGUCCGAUGGAUCGGAAGAUACGUACGGGACGGUCCUCCUAUCGUGAUGCACCCUACAGAAGGGAACGUCGGGGUUUCAGCCAGAACAACCUUUGCAAUAACUGCAAGCGGCCGGGUCAUUUUGCCAAAGAAUGCCCUAAUGUGGCAAUCUGUCACAACUGUGGUCUUCCAGGGCACAUUGCAUCAGAAUGCACCACAAAAUCACUAUGCUGGAACUGUCGAGAGCCAGGUCACAUGGCUGGCAACUGUCCUAAUGAGGGCAUCUGCCACACAUGUGGGAAGGCAGGACACCGUGCUAGGGACUGCACAGCUCCUCCAUUGCCACCUGGUGACCUGAGGUUGUGCAACAACUGCUUUAAGCAAGGCCAUAUCGCUGCUGAUUGUACAAAUGACAAGGCAUGCAAGAACUGUAGGAAGACAGGCCACAUUGCACGCGAUUGCCAGAACCAACCUGUCUGCAACUUGUGUAAUAUUUCUGGGCAUGUGGCUAGAGAAUGCCCAAAGUCCAAUAUGAUCCAAGAGAGGGGUAGCGGGCCUCGUGGUGGUGGUGGUGGUGGUGGUUUCCGAGACAUUAUAUGUCGGAGCUGCCAGCAGCCUGGGCAUAUGAGCCGGGAUUGCAUGGGCCCGCUGAUGAUAUGUCACAAUUGUGGGGGAAGAGGACACUAUGCAUUUGAAUGUCCCUCUGGGAGGUUUAUGGAUCGCUUCCCUAGGCGAUACUAAUUGAAGAAAGGUGGUGUAAUGCUUUUGAGUUAAGGUACCAGCUACUCGUUUGCUUUCUAUGGAAUUGGGUUGGUUUGGCCGUUCUGUACUUCUGAACCGGUAACUAGGGACACUGAACUCCCCGGACUUUGAUUUGAUUUUACAACUUUUAUGAUAUCUGUAUCUGUUGGACUGACUUAUAGCAGUUGAUGUUUUUCCCAUUUAUAAAUCUGGUACCGCUUGAUAAACAGCAUGGCCGCGGCCGCAGCUUGCAGUGAAGCUGCAUGGUAUUUACAAUGAUGACAAUAUGAAGUUCGCUUACUAA